AUGGCCAACACCAAGAAAACUACUCGCUCAACUGCUCCUACUGGAACUGCAGGAAAGAAUGCCCCUGCUAAAAGAGGUUCUCCUUCAACUAACCGCAAGACGAAAAAUCAGAUUAAGUCAUCUAAGAAGCCGGCUGGAUUCUACCUCCGCAGUGAGGUUCUUGAAGGAGGCUUUGAAGCAAUUUAUUGCACCAAGAACUCCAUGGUGACUGAUGCAUACACCCAUCCUGCCAUUGAAGCUCUCAGAGCCAACGAUCCCGAUGAGCCAUUGUGCCAAAUUGGAAUCAUGGGAGCUUAUUACAUGAGGAUUGGUCCUGGAAACAACGCCCCCCUCCUCAAUGCCACCAAUGCUUACACGCCAGGUGUUUAUUAG